AUGAGUAUAGAACGUGUUUUUGAGCCAGAAAUCGAACGUACCUAUCAUGAGAACCCAGAAGAUGGUUUCCUAUACUUUUUUGAGCCGUUUUUCGAAGAGUUACCUUUUGAGCUAAUGGUUUACAUGAUGAAGUUCCUCAACCCGACCGAUGUCAAAAUGUAUGCCCGCGUGUGUCGAAGUUUUUACAACGGAUCCCGGCACCCGUUCUUUAUGCGUACCAUGUGCAUUCACUUCCAGGAGAUCGAAUUCGAGGACAACUGUGAUCCGCUGCGCAGUUUGCUGACGGCAUUUCGGUAUUUCGGUGUCGUAAAGCUAACGAAGAUCACCUUCCGAGGUCGAAGCGAUUUCUGGGCCGAGUUCGGGGAGUCGAUAGAAGAGCUGAUCAUCGAUAAUUGUGUGAUUUGGAAACAAAAACUGCUCGCUAUUUUACGAUAUACAUUUAGGCUGAAGAAGCUCAUCAUUCAGAAUUGCCCAGAUCUCUUUAAAACGUGGAAACGAAUCGAGAACCUCACCGUUACAUUCACACCCAGUUUUCCGAAGCUGCGUCACAUCAGCUUAGCCAGUAACAAUCUACUCGACGAGCAUCAUUUCGAUUAUUUAGUACAGAUGGCGCCAAAUCUUGAUUCACUAGAUGUCUCGAAUUGCUUCAAAGGAAUCGAAGCUGCCACGCGGUUCAAAAUGCUUGGGCGUAUUCUCAAAUAUGUGACCGAUCAUCGGCACGCAAUGAAGCAUCUAUUUCUGGGCGACACGCCAGUAGAUAAUCUGUUCCUUCGGCAAUUGGCUGACAUCCAAGGCCUUGAGCUGAAAAGCUUGAGUCUUCUAGUCUGUGAUAGGAUACCUAACUUUGAUGCAGGUGUAAUAGAUCUAUUCCAGCUUCAGAACCAGAUCACUUAUCUAGAUCUGUCCAGGUCGCUAGCUUUACACGACAGCGCCCUGAUACAAAUAUCGAAAUCAAUGCCUCUAUUAGAAACCUUAAUAUUGCAUAGAUGUUGGAUGAUCACCGAUUACGGAAUACUUUCCGUCAAACAGCUGAAUAAACUGAAACACAUAGAUCUCACCAACUGCGAACGGAUCACCGAUAUAGGGAUUAUAGGAGGGCUGCUAACGCACAAUCGGCAGCGGCUAAGCAAACUUUACAUGGGAUUGCUAACCAACAUUGGUGAGGUAGUUUUCACCAAAAUUUCCUUCGAGUUUACUGAUUUAACAGUGCUGGAUCUCGGAGGCUGUUCCAAUUGCAUUAACGAUCGAUCAAUACAGUAUAUUUUCUAUCACAUGUCUGGUUUAAAGGAACUUAACGUGGAUUGUUGCGCUAAGCUUUCGGAUGCCGGUAUGACGGGAAUUGAUCUGCCGGAAUGUGCCAUCUCGAUCUGGGAUCUGCGAUUGUCGUUUUCGAUAGAAAACCUGAAAAGGUUGCGAUAUUUGAACCUGUCUGGGUGCUAUCGAAUUACAAACCUGACUUUUAUGCGGAAGUUCCGUCUGAUGGAGCUGAAGGAACUGGUAUUGGCGCGAUUAUUGAUAACCGAACAGGGAGUGGAGAGCAUCGUGCUCAACUGUCCAUCGUUGGAGAUUCUGGACCUCAGCGAAUGUCCAAAUGUCAACGACCAGUGCGUGGAAGUGGCGGCCAAAUGUUGCAUCCGACUGAGCACCCUAAAACUGCACAAUUGUCCUCAAAUCAGCAACGACGCGAUCGACCUUCUGGUGAAAUAUUGUCACGUUCUGAAGCAUCUGAACAUUCGAGGCUGCUACAAACUGACGGCCGAAGCGGAAGCAAAACUGUCCGCCAUUCGGACCCUGCGAACGAUUGUGGUGAACGAGAGGGACUUUUGAUCCUUUCGAGGAUGCAUGCUCGUAUAUUGAGUUCGGUUCAAAUUGGACUAGGUGCGGGAGCCGACGGUAGUCGGACAGUAAGCUAUAGGGUUAAGAAGCAGGGAGAAAACAACAAAAUCUGCAUCAUCGAAGGAACAGAAACUAUGAAAACAAAACAAAAACACCGG